GUCUUAUCGGCUUCUCAGUAGAGGAGGCUUUUCGGCCUUGGAGCGGGCCGGGGGGGUUGGCGACUGUGUCGCCGGCAUUUUCGUUGGUGGCUGCCAGGGCUGGUGGGAGCAGCCGCCCGAAGAAAGCACCAUGAUUUCGGCCGCGCAGUUGUUGGAUGAGUUGAUGGGCCGGGACCGAAACCUCGCCCCGGACGAAAAGCGCAACAACGUGCGGUGGGACCACGAGAGCGUUUGUAAAUAUUCUCUCUGUGGUUUUUGUCCUGCGGAACUGUUCACAAAUACUCGUUCUGAUCUUGGUCCAUGUGAAAAAAUUCACGAUGAAAACUUACGAAAACAGUAUGAGAAGAGUUCUCGUUUUAUGAAAGUUGGCUAUGAGAGAGAUUUUUUGCGAUACUUACAGAGCUUACUUGCAGAAGUAGAACGUAGAAUUAGACGAGGCCAUGCUCGUUUGGCAUUAUCUCAAAACCAGCAGUCCUCAGGGGCAACUGGCCCAACAGGCAAAAAUGAAGAAAAAAUUCAGGUUCUAACAGACAAAAUUGAUGUGCUCCUGCAGCAGAUUGAAGAAUUAGGAUCUGAGGGAAAGGUAGAGGAGGCCCAGGGGAUGAUGAAAUUAGUUGAACAGUUAAAAGAGAGAGAAUUGCUUAGAUCCACAACCUCGACAAUUGAAAGUUUCGCUGCUCAAGAAAAACAAAUGGAGGUUUGUGAAGUGUGUGGAGCCUUUUUGAUAGUAGGAGAUGCCCAGUCUCGGGUAGAUGACCAUUUGAUGGGAAAACAACACAUGGGCUAUGCCAAGAUUAAAGCUACUGUAGAGGAACUAAAAGAAAAGUUGAGAAAAAGAACUGAAGAACCUGAUCGUGAUGAACGUCUAAAAAAGGAGAAGCAGGAAAGAGAAGAAAGAGAAAAAGAGAAGAGAGAAAGGAGAAAGAGAAAGAAAGACGAAGAGAAGAGGAAGAAAGAGAAAAAGAAAGGCUCGGGACAGAGAAAGAAGAAAGAGAGUCGUUCACGAAGUAGGCACUCAAGCCGAACUUCAGACCGAAGAUGCAGUCGGUCUCGGGACCACAAAAGGUCACGAAGUAGAGACAGAAGGCGAAGCAGAAGUAGAGAUCGAUGGAGAAGCAGAAGCCAUGACAGAUCAGAAAGAAAGCAUAGAUCUCGAAGUCGAGAUCGAAGAAGAUCAAAAAGCCGGGAUCGAAAGUCAUAUAAGCACAGGAGCAAAAGUCGGGACAGAGAACAAGAUAGAAAAUCCAAGGAGAAAGAAAAAAGGGGAUCUGAUGAUAAAAAAAGUAGUGUGAAGUCCGGUAGUCGAGAAAAACAAAGUGAAGACACAAACAUUGAAUCGAAGGAAAGUGACACUAAGAAUGAGGUCAAUGGGACCAGUGAAGACAUUAAAUCUGAAGGUGACACUCAGUCCAAUUAAAACUGAUCUGAUAAGACUUCAGAUCAGACAGAGGACUACUGUUCGAAGACUUUUGGAUGAAUACUGAAAACGACAUAAAGUGAAGAUCGACAUUAAAUGAGGUGAAAGAAAGCUUAUAGUGCAUAGAAAAGUAUAAAGCUCAGUUAGUAUUUUUUUUUUUAUUAAAAAUUAAUUCAGGACUGAUGUGACCUACCAGAUUUCAGAACAUGUGUUAAUAGUAUAUAUGCCACUGAAAACUUAGGUCAUGUAUCAUAUUUUUCUUUAAGACUUUUUAAGAAAUAUUACCUAAACAUGUGGCUUGCUAAGUGUUAAUUGCAAGUUUUCAUUCUUGGACUUUGAAAACAGGAUAAAACAUUAGUAUUUGUUUGAAUCAGCCUAAGUGGAUCCAUUUUUACAACUCUGCUAUACUUAGCCUUUGAA